CAGGAAUGAAGAGUCUUGAAGAGUGGUUCAAUUCGUUGGAAUUUGAUCUGACAGAGAAUCAGAAAUAUGCUGCAGGAGGUUGCUGUGUUGUAGCAGUAAUAUUUGUGUGGAGUUUCCAUAAAAAAAGACAUCUUGACCACAAGAAGAACGAGAAGAAGAGAAAAAUCAAGGAGAAAAGAGAACAAUAUGCAGCAUCUUUUGAGCAGCUCAGGAAUUCUUUAUCUAAUCUGAGCAGUGCUGAUGAGGAUGUGACGUGCCUGUCACUCAAAGAGUUGACAACCAGACUACAGAAUGAUGAGCUUAAGCCUAUUCAAGUCCUAAGAGCCUUUCAAAAAAAGGCCUUGAAGAUUACAGAGUCCUUGAACUGUAUACAGACACCAAUCUGUGAAGCAGAGGCAUGGGCACAAGCACUCUGUCUGAGAUCAGAAAAAGGCCCACUGUAUGGCAUACCUGUUAGCAUCAAAGACCACAUUCCCAUCAAGGGCUAUGACACAACAAUAGGAGGAUGUACAUCAACACUUGGAAAGCCAUAUCCUGAUGAUUCUGUAAUUAUCAAGGUUCUUAAGAAACAAGGAGCGAUUCCUUUUGUAUUCACAAAUGUGCCCCAGACUUUGUUUUGUGCUUCCUGUAUAAACCCUGUUUUUGGUCGCACAAAGAAUCCUUUUAACCCAAACUGUACAUCAGGGGGCUCUUCAGGUGGUGAGGCAGCCUUGAUCGCGACCAAAGGGUCUGUAUUAGGCUUCGGGACAGACAUAGGUGGCAGUAUUCGUAUACCGUCAGCUUUUUGUGGCAUCUGUGGAUUAAAGCCAACUGCAGGUCGAUUGAGUGUGAAAGGGUUUCCAUCAUUUUAUAGUGGUGAAACUGCAAUUGAAAAUACACUUGGUCCAAUGGCCCGAGAUGUAGAGACCUUGGCCUUAACUAUGAAGGCUUUGUUGGUUCCGUACCAUUGGGAACUGGAUCCGACCAUUGCUCCUUUGCCUUUCCAAGACCAGGUUUAUCAGGGCAUGAGACCAUUAAAAAUUGGUAUACUUCAUGACAAUAAGAUAUAUCCAGCCAUACCAGCUUGUAUCAGAGGUGUAGAUUUGGCAGCAGAGGCUCUGCAGAAACUUGGUCACACGGUCAUACCUUAUGAAUUUCCAGAUGUGGACACGUUGUAUUACCUUAUGACGAGAGGAUAUUUUGGUGACGAAGGAAGGACUUUCCUGGAGCUUUUGGAUGGAGAUGAAGCAAUUAGUCCACUUCGACCAGCACAGUUAAUUUUGUCCCUUCCACGAUUGGUCAGGCGAAUAGUAAUUGGUCUUGUAAAACUAAUGAUGAGUGAAGAUGAUCAAAAAACAUUACCCCCAGAUGGCAUAUUGGGAUUUUCGUCAGUGUAUGAAUGGUGGGAAUUUGUGGCAAAGUCUAAGGCAUAUCGUCACCUUGUUAUUGAUGAUUGGAGAAAGCUUGGAAUUGAUGCCCUCAUCUGCCCUGUUGCAGCUUGUGUGGCUCUGCCAGAUAAAUUGACUGAGAAAGCUGGAUAUGCUUUCAGUUAUAGUUCAAUGUUUAAUGUCCUGAACUUCCCCGUGGGUAUUGUACCUGUUACCAAGGUUACUCAAGAAGAUCAGCAAAGAAUGAGUGAAUAUCCUGCCAAAGGCUCAAUGCAAAAUUUACUGAAGCAGCAUUUCAUGGACGGAGGUAUAGGUCUGCCUGUUGCUGUCCAGUGUGUUGGUCUUCCAUUUCAAGAGGAACUUGUUCUUCGUGUGCAGAAGGACAUCCAAAAUAGACUGAAGGCAUGGUAGCCCUCAGGAUCUAAGCACCAAGUUCGAAAAGCAUUUUCUUAGGUUUUGCUCAAAUUGCCCCAGGUCUGUAGCUUUCCCUAAACAUAUAUUAAAGGAUAGUUACUACAUAUGGUAUUCUUUCAGGGACCUGUAAUAAUAAUAAUACAUAUCUUUGGGUAAGAUGAAAAACAUUCUGUAGCUAGUUUGUAUUUAGUGUAUAGUAGUGCUGUGUUCGUGAUUAAAUGGAGUAUUUUGAUAUGCAUUCUUGUCAUUAUUAAGGAUUUAGUGAAUUGCAAAACCUUUACAUAUUGUUAUAAGUAAUAUGUACUACUUUUUAUAAUACAGUAUUAGUUUUAGUCAUUAACAGUUAUCAUUGAUGCCAUUCUUGGAUUAGUAUUGAUAUUAAUACCUUAGUUUCAUUUGAUUUGAUUCUCAUUGUUGAUGAAGUCUCAUACAUCUACUGUAAUUCUUCAACGUUUUUGCAAGAUGUUUAUUUAAGAAUACUCUAAAGGCAUUAGUCUGUGAAGACUGAUAAAAUUACACUUUUUGUGAACCCCUGAAAUUGGCCAAAACCAAAAAUGUUUCGAAAGUCAACUUAAAAAUGUGCAGAAAUUGUACUGAAUGUUGUUCUUUCAUAUGGGAAAAGGUUGAGGAAUUAGGUAUAUAAUUUUUCCCUAAUAGCAGAUGUAAUGUCUAUAACAGGAUUGAAAUUAGAUAAAUGUAAAUCAGUGUUGAAUGUUCCCAUGGCAUGAGUGAAGGAUGGUAUUGGAUUUAAUAUGACUGUAUAUUGUAGAGCAACAGGGAAUCUUUAAGAAUGUCCUUCUUCGAUUGUUUCUUGGUGGCAAGAAGUGGUUGGUAUUCCUAUAUAAGUAAAAUAUAACUCUGUUACAUUAUGUGGUUUUUGCGGUUGUCAUGGUAACCAGAUAGCCAUUUUCCUUAUAUAUACUAUAUAAAUAGAUAUGAGUUUGUGUCUGGGCUAUAAUUCCAACAGUUUUCAACAUAGUUUUCAUUUUUGGUGGAUAAAUACAUGUAGAGACACAGAUGACGAUGUGUUGAGACUCACAUUUGUCCAUUUUCGCGGUUGUCAUGGUAACCAGAUAGCCAUUUUCCUUGUAUACACCAUAUAAAUAGAUUCGAUUUCGUGUACGCGUUACAACUCCAACAGUUUUCCAGCCAGAGUUUUAAUUUUUGGUGGACAUGUUGUGUUCACCUGAACUCUUUUUAUUCUGUUGAAUUUAUAGACAGUAUAUGCUAUAGACACAAAAGAAUGUGUAGUUGCGAGAGAUUCGUUUAUAUUAUUUUUUCUGAAAAAAUAUACAUUUUUUAAGCGUCUUCUGACCGUUGAUUUUUAUCUUCAUUUAUUUUAUCUUAUCAUUUUAACAUUAGAGAAUCUUUACAUUUCCAUGAAAGCUGUUCGUAUAAUUCAAAUUUCACACUAUGUUGUACCCAAACCCACGGGAGGGAGUGAGUGCGUGCUUGGGGUUUAACGUCGUACUUAACAAUUUUUCAGUCAUAUGACGACGAAGGAAUACGAAGGCUACCGCGAAAUUCGAAAAAUUUCUCAUUAGAAAAAAAUCAUAAUGUCCACCGUCUGAAAGGCAGUUAACAAUAUGAACAGCACUUUAUCAUAAUAAAGCACUAUUUAUUAUAUAUCAUUUCAUUAUGAUGAAGUGCCGUUCCCGGAUAAAAACUGGAGGUUCAACAUCCCAUAGUUAUUACAUAUAAGCAUUCCCCGGUUUUCCCCCCGACGUGAUGCUGGGCGCCGCCGUAUUAUACAAGUGAAAUAUUCUGGAGUACCGCCUAAAACACCAAUCAAGCAUAAAUAAAUAGGCAC